AUGGAUCCCGAGGUAGCAUCUCACACGGUGCAGCCAAUCUCCGGCACUCCUAAGCGCAUCGAAUAUGAUAGUGUCGCCGAAAUCAUCGACGGUAAGAUUUAUGUAAUCAAUUCAGAGGGAGUCAUGGUGUUUGAUACAGAAACUCAAAAGUGGGAUCCUGCGAUGAAAAAGCCAGACGUGGAGCUAGGCCACAUUUGGAUAAAUAAUUCUGUGGUGAUAAAGGAUAGGAUUUACAUGAGAGGUGAUGUUAAUAGCUUUGUGUAUGAGCCAAAGGAAAAUAAAUGGGAAUUGGAUGAGAUGUUGAAUUCUAGAAACUGGUGGGGUGCGUGUGUCGUCGACGAUGUAUUGUAUUAUUACGAUACAAUCUUGAACGAGUUGAGAGCGUAUGAUCCAAAGCAGAGGUGCUGGAGAGAGGUGAGAGGUGUAGAAGAAUUGUUGAGUAAGACGGCCGAUUCAUGGGGGUCGGAGACGGUGAGUUUCAGUGGGAAAUUGGCUCUCUUCUUUCAUAAAGAUCAUGCUCCGAAGCCGAAGGUAACAAACGAUGUUUGGUUUGCGGAGAUUGCUUUGGAAAGAGGUCAAGGAGGAGAGAUUUGGGGUAAGGUGGAACGGUGUGAUGUUAUGUUUAAUGAUGGUGAUGGGAGACUUUGUAUCGUGGACAAGUGUUUAGCUGUUAGUGUUUGA